AUGGCUCCCUCCCUCACCGAGACAGUGGCUCUGCGGGCCCCGCCGGUUGCGACUUCGCUGAAGUCGGACGGUGGACACAACAAGGAAAACUUGAUUGGAUACAAGAUCGAAAAGGAGCGCGAGAUUAAAGGCACAGACAAGCUCCCUCCGGUGUCUUACCCGGAUUAUCUGCCCGUUUGGGAUAACGAGACAGAAAGAUAUCCUCCUCUGCAGCACUUCGAGCACUAUGACCAUGGCAAAGAUGCCGAUGCCUCUUUCCCAGACCUGCUGCCUCAGGGCCAAGUCGAGGUCGAUGAGAUCACACCCUUCAUUGGCUCUGAGGUCCAUGGCGUGCAACUAAGCCAACUGUCUGACAAGGGAAAGGAUCAAUUGGCCCUAUAUGUUGCACAGCGACGAGUCGUCGCGUUCCGCGACCAAGACUUUGCAUCCCGCCCGAUUCAAGAGGCCGUCGACUAUGCCGGAUACUUUGGCCGACACCACAUCCACCAGACCUCUGGGGCCCCCAAGGGCUUCCCAGAGAUUCACCUUGUCUUCCGCGGUGCUGAUGACCGUACCGGCGAUGAAUUCCUGAAGCAGCGCACAAAUACUAUCACAUGGCACUCCGAUGUCACCUUUGAGAAGCAGCCCCCGGCACGACUUUCUUAUAUGUGCUCGAUGGCCCAACCACAGGUGGCAUAUAAGCGCUUGUCGCCUGGUUUCCGGGAACGACUCCACGGGUUGAAGGCCGUACACUCCGGCCUCGAGCAGAUCAAUGCUAGUUUGAAUAGCGGUGGUAUUGCCCGCCGUGAUCCUAUCACAUCGGAGCACCCCAUUGUCCGGACUCACCCGGUGACUGGUGAGAAGGCACUUUAUGUGAACCCUCAGUUCACCCGUUACAUUGUUGGAUACAAGAAAGAAGAAUCAGACCACCUCCUCAAGUUCCUAUACGACCACAUCGCCUUGUCGCAAGACGUUCAGGCUCGUAUUCGCUGGAAGGCUGGCACCGUCGUCGUCUGGGAUAACCGUGUGGCAUGCCACUCUGCCGUCUUCGAUUGGGAAGAUGGCCAGCGCCGACACCUCGCUCGUCUCACACCCCAGGCUGAGCCUCCCUUUGAGACACCCUUUGAUGGUUAG